AUGGAAGAAUCGUUUCGACGUAAUUUAUCUCAGGGAGAUUCACAAGAGGAUGGGGUCGAGUAUGCUCCUAGUGAAGAGGUAGAGGUCGCUAAUCAGCUGCGAGAAAAAGUUAGAUCACAAGCCCAAAGACUUAGAAACUUACUACCUUUUAGUAUAAAAUAUAGGUCCAGGGUGUUAAGGUGUUAAGGUGUUAAAAUAAUGAACUGAAAAUAAAAUAUUAUAAGCUUUAUGGUUUUGAGAGUUAGAGCAAUAUAAAAUCCUAUGUGAAAAAAGAAUUUCAGAGUUUUGUCCAAAUCACCCUUUCCCUGUUAACCCUGAUCAUCUCGGGAAAUUCCCAGAAGGCUAUAGCCCGCAGAGCUCUCAAUCCAAAAGAGAAAACAAAUCACCACAAAUGAAAGUCCCUCUAGCUGAAAAUUACACAUUCCCUCCACCCACAACUCAGUUAACUUUAAAUCAACUACAAGAACUCUAUGCAGCCAUUUACUACCAGCAUAGCGAUGUCCUAAAAGAAAAGAAUAAUCUCGAAGAGAGCUUAAGGGCAGAAACCCUCCUCUCAGAAGAACAGCGAACUUACAUAGAAGUUCUCAAGCAAGCAUUGGAGGCAAAAAUGGAAAACCUAGGAAUUUCUCAUCGUGACAUUGACGCUUUUGUUGACUUUACCAAUACUAAAACGACUACUGACAACACAAGAAAAGAGAUCUCCAAGCUACAAAGUAUAAUUGCUGACCAAGAAGCACACCUCACAGCCAUGUCUGAGCAGCUUAAAAAGAAAAACGAAGAAAACAAUAAUCUUUUGAUUGAGAGGUCUGAAUCACACAAGCACCUUGAAGCAGCUGCUGAAUCCCUUGCUUUUGCAGAAGAAGAGCUUAAUAAACUAGAAGAUGAGAAAAAUGCACUGUUAGAGUACGCUGAGGAAUUUUCACAUAAGGAAAAAGAGUUUAAAGAGGAGUAUGAAAAAAUUUUGAAAGAGAAAAUGGAGCUUGAAGAAAAUUUUUUGAAGGUCAGACAAAUAUUAAGCCAAGAGCAGAGUAUGAAAUCGAUGGUAGAAGAUGAGCUUGAAAUUGUGAGGAGGGAUAAAAGCAAGAUUGAUGGAGAAGCAAAGAGUUCAAGUGAAGAGAAUUCCCGUUUGAGUGAGAAAAUAAGGAAACUCUCUGCAGAAAUUGAAGAUGCAAAGCAGCAAAUUCAAAAUUUGACGAAUAAAAAUGAGUCACUGCAAGCCAAUAGCUCAACUUUGUCAAAUACACUUAGAGAAACACAAGCAGAAUUAGAUGCCUUGCAAGAAAACUAUAAUUCACUGCUUAGAGAGCGAAAUAAUUUAAAAGAAUCGCUAGAAGCUUCUGAAAGCAGCAUCAAAGAGCUUAAAAUCAGUAAAAAGAAAUCCGAAGAAAAAGCCCAAGAGCUCGAAGAAAGCUUAAUUUACAAAGAACGAGAAUUCCGACAGAUGCGAGACUCUUUAAACACAAGCAAAGAAGACGAUCUUCGGCAGUCAGUCAGGCAGAUUGACGGCCUUCAAAAAGAACUCCAAAAAGCCUGGGGCGAGCAGCAAGAAGCUUUAAAGCGAGAACUCGCAAUUGCAGAAGAAAUAAGCGAGCUCCAAAGUAAACUUUCCGACAAAGAAGAAGAAAUAGAAAAAAUCAAAAAAGAAGCCCAAGCUCUAAAAAAAGAAAAAAAUGAAAACAGAAUUGUCACAGAAAACACCCAUCAAGAACUUGUCAGAAUGGCCCAUGAGAAGGAAGAAUUAGAAGCAGAGCUGCACAGAGUAGAAAUAAAAUUGAGCUCUGAGCAGUGUUCGCAUAAACUGUCACAAGAUGAGGCUGCUAAUUUUAAAGCUAAAUUAGAAGAGCUUAACCUUGAACUGCAAAAAAUGGAUGAGAUGGUUAGGGAUAGGGACAAUUAUAUUGAUGAUGCAAAUUAUGAAAUUGAGCUGCUGAAAAAGGAAUUUCAGCAGGCACGUGAGGAGGCAGAUUCUGAAAGACAAGGGAAAACUGCAGCAAGUGAAGAACUGGGUGGUUUGCGGCAGGAAAUUUCAAGAGUUACUGCUAGUCUGCAAGAAAAAGAAAAGGUUGCGAAGAGUGCUAAGAGCUGCUUAUCUACCAUUUCUGGAUUUCUGUCUAGUUUUGGCUCUAUUUGUGCUUCUGCGUCAACUUAUUCCUCUACAAUUAGUCCUGCUUUCAAAAAUUUUCUAAUGAAAUACAAUGAAAAUCACCCAGAAAAUACUCAGCUUCUUGAAGACUGGGUUUUGUCUACCUGCAAAGAGCUUGAACUGCUAAUCAGAAGCUACUCUGACCUGAAGCAGGAAUCCCAAGUCACAGCCCAAAAAUUGCUUUUGUUACAGCAGCGUUAUGAUGCUUUAUCAAUUGAUGACGCAGCUCUAAAGGAUAGAGAAAGAAACCUCAGGUCAGAAGUUGAAGCCUUAGUUGAGGAGAAAAAUAAGCUUGAAAUUGACAGAGAAAGCAGCUUUAACAAGUCAAGGUCUUUCCAAAACGAAGCAGGAGCUCUUAAGAGAGACCUGCAAAGCUUGAAUGAAGAAAAUAAUAAGCUUAAAGACCAGCUCAAAUAUAGUGCAUCAGAAACAAUUAAAUGGAGAACCACUGCAGAAAGUGAUGUUUUCGCACUAAAAAUGCUUGAGGACAAAGCAAAUCAGAUCCUAAAAGAAAAAAAAGGGCUGGAAGGAUUCUUAAAAAUGCUGCAAGCAUCUAUACCUUACAGUGAUCUGCAAUUGAUAUUAGUAGAAAUGAUGAAAACGCAUGGGGACAUAGAAAUAUGUGAAAGAGAAAGGAUAAGGAUUGAAGGGCAGUUGAUAGCUUUGGAAAAUGAGCUGACAUUUCUCUUGACUAACGAGCAAAAGUAUUAGAAAAUCCCAUUAAGUUAUAUAAAAUUUGAAUAUAAGUUUUUUAACCCUUUGGCUUAUGAACAGAAAACUUUUGCUCACAAGCCAAAAGCAGAGUAAGAAGCAGCAUUGGUUUAAGCCAAGAAGAAAAUGCCAUUAACGCUAGAAGAGAAAUAGAAGCCAUGAGAUCUCAACUCGAUAGAAUUGAAGCACAGAUCCAGAAUUAUAAAAGAAAAAUGGUAGGUUUAGAAGGCGAGCUUAAAGAGUGUGGGAACAUAGAGCGGAGAAAGCGUUAUAAAAAUCCAGAAAAAGAAUUCGAGAUAAUUCAAGCACAAGAGCAAGCUGAUACAAUAAGAGUCAACUUCGAGCCAGAAUCAAGCCUUAAGAGGAUCUUGGAAAGAGCUGAAGAAAGCUCUCAUAAGAUAGUGAGAUACGACCCUUUGAUUUCGCCUCAGUUUGCGCCGAAUAUUGAAUCUCGACUUAUGAGAGCUUCUCCAAGCUCUUUUAAAAAUCGUCCUUUCAAUCCUCUCCGUUCCACAAAGAGCGAAAUUAUUUAA